UUGAUGAAAAAGCAACUGCAAAGUCGGGGCGACUUACCCACAGUUGCUGGUGGUGCCGUUUCAGAAAACAUUAUCUGCAUCAUCACAUUACGUUGAACCUAUAGAAUGCCGCGUCGAAAACCCAUCACGAAGCUGGGCGUAUUUGGGAAGUACGACCAGAACCCGGAACAGGCAGUAGAAAAUUACUUCGAAUCCAAAUUAAACAACAAGUGCUACAUCAAUGUCCCCGGUUGGGAUGUCGCCCGCAAUGGGUUCGAGCUUAAGGGCAUUCACAAUGACCGGGAGUAUAUGGAAAUCACCAAGGAGCAGCACCGGAUGCGUGAACAGGCCCAACGGCAGGUGGUCACCAACCGGAAGCGGCUGGAGCAGACGACCGAUCUGCUGCAACGGAUGCGCGCAGAGUUUGUCGAGUUGAACGAUUUUCUAAAGGAUUGCGAAAUGAAGGAACAGGGCGCCCUGGACACGGUCAAGCGGGAAAAGGAAAAACAUGUACAGUACGAAGAAAAGAUCGCACAGCUCGAGUCGGAUCUGGAGCAGCUGGACGAGUUUGUGGUGAAGUAUGAGGAGACGAUCAAUCAAUUUGAACCGUUUGAGAAAGUAAUGGAACAGACAAUUGCCGAAUCGAAGACUUACGAAACCAUGCAAGAUCUUAUCCAGCGCUGUGAUUCAUUGUUACUAGCUCAGGUGGAAAUUUCUGCCGUAGAGCAGCAAAAGAUUCAAGAAAUCGAGGAAAUUCGCCAGAACCUGUUCAAGGCAACGAAGACCGCCCUGCACAUCAUUACCGGGCUGAACAACGAUUUGUCGGAGCUUCUGACACAGUACGUUGCGGCAAAGGAGGAAGGAUUGCGCUGGGAAAAAUCGGUCACCGUCGUCAAGAGCUACAUGGUGGAGAACGAAUCGAGCAUCAACUGCCUGCUAGAUGCGAUAAAUCACGUGUACAUACUGUUGCGCAAGCGGCGCGGCUCCCAGCCGAAAGCUCCGCGCGGGGACGUCGAAACGCAGCUGGAUCACAUCAAGGAGGAGAUCGAGAUACUGCACGAGGUGCGCCGGCUGGCGGCUGCCAAACUCCGCAACGAAGGCCACAGUCUGUGUGCGGAGAAGGGUACGCAGCGACGGAAAACCGCACUUUAAGUGGAGAAUAUGUGAUAUAAGCGGCACAAAUGCGGCAACACAGACUACUUAGCCGAUUUA